AUGCUAUACAAAUCCACAUGCUUGAUCCCAGAGCAACCAAAUUUUGCAUGGGUCCACAUUCAUCAAGAGGAAGACCGUAGGCUAUGUGCGAUCCCAAAAUCUCGACCCAUAGGAGUACCUCCCUUGGCUGGCACAGAAGUCGAUUUGGAAAAAAGUAUACUUAAUCGAAUCCAUAAUCAACAGCAUUUAUUGGAUACUAUUAAAAAAAUUCGCCUUAAAACUGUUGAGCUAAAUGUCAGAACUAUGGAUGUAACAGAAAUAUCGACGAUAUUGGUUUUUGUCAAUGAUAUGAUACGUAUAUCGAAUUUAUUGAAUGUAAAUAAUGAUAUACUUAAAGAAAAACCUUUGCCGCGUCUAGAAGUACCAGCAUCAGUUCUUGGUGAUGAUAACAGUAAUGUGUAUACGGGUGAUCUAAUUAUUGUUGACACACCCGGUCCGAAUGAAAGAGGUUUAUCUGAUCAACUGAAGAUAAUGGUUGCUAAUGAACUGCAACGAUCGGCAUUAAUUGUUAUUGUUUUGGAUUACACAUCAUUAAAUAACGAAAAUCAGGAACAAUUGACACACGACAUUUCUGUAAUACGACAUGUUAAAGGACAUCGAGAAAAUGAUGAUGAUUUAUAUGCAUUAGUUAAUAAAAUUGAUCAGAGAACGAAGAAAGAUUUGACCAAAGAACAAACAAUGACUUAUGUUACAUCACAAUUUGGCAUCAGAUCAAAUAAUGUAUAUGAAAUGUCUGGGAAAAGUGCACUAAUAUGUAGAAUAUUUUUGAGUGAAUACCAAACUCUUCGCAUGAACAAUAAAGAACGGUUCAAAUAUUACGUUAUCCUUAGGCAUUAUCAGUUUGCCGUUUACAGAACGAUGAAAUUGGUUGCUCGCACUUGUUUAUUAGAUGCUUCUGAGCACUGUGCUCACGCUACGAACAUCUUACAACAACAUGUAACAUUACGUCUAAUGGGUUUGAAAGUUAACAGAGAAAAACUGUUAGAAGCUCUAAAGCAUCUGAGUAAUGAAUUAUAUGAGUUACAGAAUUGUCGAGUCAAACUAAAAGUGAACUUAAACGAUUGGAAAGCUCAACUGAUUAAUGAGAUAUCAUCUAUAUUCAAAAACGAUACACAAGCAUGCUAUCAGUUAGUAAUUGAUCUGUUUAAUAGUGAAGCACAGCUACUAGACUAUGCUUUGAUUUAUCAAACACAUAUAACUUCCAUGCUGAAAAAUCAUUCAUUCGUAGAUGAUAAGCUAAAAUUUAAAAGUAAAGAAGAAGCAGAUAAGUUUACCAAGACAGUGAUUGACGCUGUUCGUCAUAUUAGUGAAGUGCAAAUGCUUAAAACAAGCUUAGAGGUUAACAAGCAUUUGGAAGAGGCACGUGUUAACUUAGAAACAGAAAUUAGGAACUUUACUGAAGAUAUUCAGAAACGUAUUUCAGAGCGGUUGUCCAAUACAUUUAGCAUGAAAAUUAAAUGUCCGGAAUUAAACAAAAAAACAUCCAAUUACACGAGCUUGCUUGAACUUGUAAGAGAAAGAAAAGAUACUGUAUACUACCGUCCAUGGUAUUUGUUAUGGAUAGUAAAACGGACGAUUGAAAUUAGUACGAUGGAGGUUUCAGUGCCUGUUAUGAGACAGUCAGCUGCGGAUAUGCUAAAAGAAAAUUUUGAUAGAAUUUUACAGAAAGCACAUAGUAGCAUAAAUGAAGAACUAGAACAACAAUUUAUCCAGCGGUUUAAUUAUCUAGGAACAUUCAUAAGAAAAUAUGCUUUAGAUGUACAAAAAUCGCUUAACGAUAAAUUCCGUGUAGAGCAUAAUAAAGGUUUUGAAAAGCAGUUAACAGAAGCAUCAAACGAAUUAGCAGCGUAUCUACCUUUGAUGAGACAUUGUACGAAUAAUGUCAGAAAAUAUUUUGAAACACCAUUACUUGCUGUUGACGAAUUUGAAUUGUUAGAAUUUUGA